AUGCGUUCCUUCAUCGUCUCAUUCUCGGCCUUCGUCGCUGCCCUCUCCCUCGUCAUGGCCACUGAGGACCCGUGCUCUCAGAUGUGCUCCAAUUGCUUCAACGAGACGACAGAGCCUGUGACUACUGCGACAGUUGAGACGACUACUACUGAAGCCACGACUACGAUCAAAGUAACCACAACUACCCAGGCGGUGGGUCUCAAUGGUAAUUACUGCGGUAACUUGUACGGUCAAGACUUCAGCGUUGACUUUGAAUCUGGACGCGCCACUCUGAGUGUUCUCGGCCAGACUGCCGGAUGCGACUAUCAAGUAGAUGGUACUGAUAUCAUCUUUUCCAACUACGAUGAUGUUCUCCAGAAGUUGAUGGAUAUGUUCCACAUAAAGAAGAUCCAGGGUACGAUUGUGAGUCCGACUGAAAUUCACAUCAAAGCUGGUCUACUGAUCAAUACUACCCUUACUCAGUGCUAG